AUGAGUGCAGAACCCACUGCUGAGGCAGCUCCGCUAUCACAAGCAUCAAGUUCAGCUCAACCCAACGAACCACCAAAAUCAUCAUCUCAACAACCACAACAACAAUCACAACCAACAAUAGAGAAAAAAGAAAUAGUACCAAGAGAUGUACGAUUACUUCAUCUAAUAUUUGCUACUCAAGGUAUACAAAAUUAUCAAGACCAUGUCCCAUUGCAAUUAAUGGAUUUUGCUCAUAGAUAUACAAAAUCAAUUUUAAAAGAUGCUCUAAUAUAUAAUGAUCAUUCAAAACCAUCAACAAAUUCAAAUAUAAAUUCCAACACAAAUACAACAGUAAAUACAGAUGAUAUAAGAUUAGCCAUUGCAGCAAGAAGUAAUUAUCAAUUUAAACCAGUACCACCAAAAGAAUUAAUGUUGGAAUUAGCACAAGAAAGAAAUUCAAAACCUUUACCUCCUGUUAUACCAAAAUGGGGAUUGAAUUUACCUCCAGAAAAAUAUUGUUUAACUGCAAGAGAUUGGGAUACUAUUUAUGAUGAACCUGAUGUUAAUGAAAAAGAAGAAAAUAAUGGUCAACAUCAAAAGAAAAAAUCAAAAACUAAAUAG